AUGACGGACGAAAGCUCAGCACGGAGUCAUCGGGGUCGUAGGACGGUGGGCCGAGAUUUUCUCUGCAAAGUUCAGCAGACAAGGGUCCAAGGCAACCUUCCUGCUGUAUCCGGUGAGGCCAAUCUACCAAUCCCUUCGACCCAUCUUCUCAAACGAAAUGAAAAGUAUGCCCGUAUCAAUAUAUUAAGGGAUUCUUCAAAACCCAGCUUCUCUUCACGUCUACUGUUAGCCAACUAG